AAAAGGAUGUGAACUGGAUCUAGAAAGCCUCAAUAGCUUUUUAUUCAGAGUGCCAACGAUUGCAAACUACAGUUGUCUUUCAUAAACACAAAUUUCAUCACUACAACCACUUCAUAACCACACCAUGGCUGAUUUGUCCUCUCAAGGAAUUGGUCGUAGCGUUGCAAAUGCAGCUGCCCACGCUGUCCAAGGUGUAAAGGGAGCCUUGGGUGUAGGCAUGACAGAAAAGCGGCAGCAACUGAACCAAAUCGCCGUCCAAGACAAUGCAAAUACCGUACUGACAACUUCCAGUGGUGUUCCUAUCACCACCGUCGACGAUUCACUUAAAGCCGGAGAACGGGGUCCGACUUUGAUUGAAGAUUUCCAGUUUCGGGAUCGAAUGGCUCACUUUGAUCGGGAGAGGAUACCUGAACGAGUUGUGCAUGCUCGGGGAAGUGCUGCACAUGGAUAUUUUCAGGUCUACGAGUCGCUGUCAGAUUUGACGCGUGCUGCACCGUUCCAAGAUCCCAGCAAAAAGACGCCUGUAUUUGUUCGGCUCUCUACUGUUCAAGGAUCCAAGGGAUCAGCGGAUACAGUCCGUGAUGUCCGCGGCUUCGCUACCAAAUUCUAUACAGAUGAAGGAAACUGGGAUUUGGUUGGAAACAACAUCCCAGUCUUCUUUAUCCAAGAUGCGGUAAAGUUUCCUGAUCUGGUCCAUGCGCUUAAACCUGAACCGCACAAUGAAAUCCCGCAAGGACAGACUGCCCACGACAACUUUUGGGACUUUGUUUCCCUCCUGCCGGAAUCUACUCACAUGUUGAUGUGGAUCAUGUCAGAUCGCACCAUUCCCCGCUCAUUCCGAAUGAUCAAUGGAUUCGGCGUGCACACCUUCCGCUUUGUGAACGCCGAUGGAGUUUCACGAUUUGUAAAGUUCCACUGGCGUCCGGUGCUUGGAGUUCAUAGUUUUAUUUGGGACGAAGCCCUCAAAACUGCCGGCCGGGAUCCUGAUUACUUGAGACGGGAUCUAUGGAUGUCCAUUGAGAUGGGCGACUUUCCAGAGUGGGAGUUGGGUAUUCAGGUCAUUGAAGAGUCUGAAGCGGAUAAGCUUCCUUUCGAUAUUUUGGAUGCAACAAAAUACAUUCCAGAAGAAAUUGUUCCGAUUCGAUACAUUGGGAAAAUGACACUCAAUCGCAACCCCGAUGAGUUUUUCCCAGAAACUGAACAGGCUGUUUUCCAUCCUGGACACUUGAUUCCAGGUAUCGACGUUAGUGAGGACCCCUUGUUGCAGGGUCGACUUUUCUCAUACACGGAUACUGCUUUCCAUCGUGUGGGAACCAACUUUAAUGAACUUCCCAUCAACCGACCUGUUUGCCCCGUUCACAACCAUCAACGCGGUGGAUUCAUGCGCCAUACCAUCGUCAAAGGCCAGGCAAAUUACCAUCCGAACUCGCUCGGUGGGGGAUGUCCCGCUUUAGCAAGCGCAAGCAAAGGCUACGUCCAUUACCCAGCACCAGUGAUUGGCCGCAAGACAUCAAACCGCGCCGGCUCCUUUUCCGAUCACUUUAGCCAAGCCCGCAUGUUCUACAACUCGAUGACUGAUACUGAAAAGGGACACAUCUUGGGCGCAUUCUCUUUUGAGCUAUCAAAGGUGUCUACCAUGGGCAUUCGACAGCGGAUGGUGGAUCUUUUGAACAAGGUUGAUCAUGACUUGUCAGUGAAGCUCGCCGACAAUCUUGGUGUGAAAGCACCGGAAAAGUCAGAAGUGGAGUCGUCUACCAAAGUACUUGGCGUCGCGGCAUCACCAGCCUUGUCCAUCAUAAAGUCAAACAAGUAUGAUACCAUUCGGGGACGCAUGGUUGGGAUUUACAUUAUGCCUGGCUACGAUUCCACUGUUAGUGAACUGAUGGGAGCUCUGACGGCGGCUGGAGCGGUUCCUUUGACCUUAUCUGCAAAAGGCGGUCCAGUUCCGGAUGCUUCUGGCUCGUCGACGACGACACCUUCAUUCACUUUCAGCGCAUCCUCUUCCACUCAGUUUGACGCCUUGUUUAUCCCGGGUGGACGUAAAUCGGUUGAUGCUCUACUGGAAAACGUUCCAGCACUCGUUCAGAUCGCGGAAGGGUUCAAACACCUUAAAGCCAUUGCAGCCGUUAACGAAGGUGUCGAAGUUGUGCAAAGGCUGAGCCUGAUGGUCAAAACCGCCGAGGACAACUCUGUCGCUGUCGACUAUGGGGUCAUAACUGCUAAAGGUGUUGGAACUGGGAUGAAUGGCAAAUUGGGCAAAGCUGCCGGUAUGGCUGCUGGCGCUGUGAGUGGAGCAACAAGCAAAGCGUCGAUCCAGCCGGGUGGCAAUGCAGGAGGAACGAGCGAGUGGAUCACAAAGUUUAUUGAGACCAUUGCAAAGCACAAGGUGUGGGAGAGGGAGGAACUGGCUUCCAAAAUUGUCAUUUAA